CCUUUACGCGGCUCCCGUUGAAACAGCUGUCCACCAGCUCCGGAGGGACCAGCUUCUGAAAUUCAGUUGGAGCUCAUCCAUCAAUAACACUUUCUGACACCCGACUAACACCAAACACAAACGAACCACGACGACACCGUUUGACUUUGAGGCGAUUCCGACCACUCCGAAACAACUAUCGACGUGUUCCCAACCUCCAACCAACUUACCACUGAAGCAUUCGUCAUCCCUAUACCUACGCAUUCGACCAGCAGACGAAACAACCGACAAGAUGUCCAGAUCCGGCUACGAUGCAGUCGUAGACGUCGACGACGAGGGCGACCUAGGCCACACCGACCUCCAAGAAGAUCUCGAGUUCCACCAAUCCAACUUCUCCGAAUCCUCCCCCCUCGGGCGCAAGGGAACCAAGUCCACCCAACACACCACCACCUCCACCUCCUCCUCCGGCGGCGGCCUCGGCCUGCUCCCCGCGCCCGUAACCGCCACUUCGAACUCCAACUCGGGCUCCAGCAAGCGCUUCCUCUGGACGCUGUCCUUCUACGCGCAGUUCUUUGACGUCGACACGUCCAGCGUGCUGCAGCGGUGCUGGGCGGCGCUGUACCCGCGGGCGAACUUCUUGGACGUGCUGGAGGGAAAUCCGGAUCUGUACGGCCCGUUUUGGAUCGCGACGACGGUGGUGUUUAUUUUGUUUUUGGGCGGGACGAUUAGUGAUUAUUUGGCGCAGACGGGGCAUGAGCCUUUUGCUUAUGAUUUUCGGUUGUUGAGCGGUGCCGCUGGUCUCAUCUACGGCUACACCUUCGUCCUGCCAGUCGCUUUGUACCUCGCCCUGCGGUACUUUGGCUCGGAAUCCGCCAACUUGCUCGAGUGCUGGGCUUUGUACGGUUAUUCCAACCUCAUCUGGAUCCCGGUGGCGCUGAUUAGCUGGUCGCCGAUUACUAUCCUUAACUGGGUGUUUGUGGGCGUUGGGUUCGGUGUGUCGGUUGCUUUCCUGCUCAGGAACCUGUAUCCUGUGCUCAGCGCUACCGAUCGCCAGACGAGCAAGGUGUUGUUGUUCGUUGUGGUGGCGCUGCACUUUGGCUUGGCCCUAGCCAUCAAGGUGCUCUUCUUUGCGCAUGGAAGCCCGGCGUUGAAGGAUGGUCCGAAGGGAGCUGCCCCUGGUGGUGGGGAUGCGAAGCCUGCUGAUCCGGCUACGAUGAUGAUGUUCUAGGGGAAGGGGGGAAGCACAUAAGGGAGACUGGCUUAAUAGGUAGGGGUAAGUCUGGAACUGUGAUUUUGUAUCUGAUAUAUGAUGUUUUACUACUAUCAUCAUCACCGAAAGCUUUUGGGAAGGCGUUUGCCGUGAUUGGUAUCUUGGAAGUCAUAUUUUAAAGUUCAAUCAGAUUAUAAAACCAUGAAAGUUUUGAUAAAU